GGAAUGUCAAUGAUGAUGGAGAAAGCAGAGUCUGGACAGAAGCUAUACACGCGAAUGCGGCUUUGGGAAUUUCCGCAUCAGUAUGUGAUAGAACCAACAGAUGGAUCUUCUUCUGGUUCUUAUUUGUCAGUUAGUCGAAAAGAUGGCUCCAUCAAGCUCAUUGAUGAGAUUUCUGAAAGCAACACUGUUCGAGUUCCUAAGAUUUUCACAAUUUAUGGGGGUGGCUGGGAUGUUGCGGCUUUUGGAGGGAUCGUAUUUGCUGGCUAUAANUGGGCGUGAAUGUGUUGGAUCCUACUUGGGACAUCCAAUUUUCAAAGUUUCAUCUCUUAAGGUUUUUCCAUGUGAUUGUUCCCAACGCAAUAUCCCUUUUGAACAACAAGUACCUGCUAGAGUUCCACUUCUAUCGUUGAUUUUAUGUUAAUAAGCAAUUUGAAACUCAUAAUCGUUGUGUAAUGUGUUAGAAGAAGACAGAGAUCGAUUUUUCUGGGAUAUUAAGAGUUGCUGAGAAGACUACGGGUCUGUUCUUCUCGUACAACGCCAAUUUAACUCUCAGGUUUCUCUUUUAAGUAUUACAAUCUGAACUGUGACUCUUUAUUAGCUCGUUCUCUCAUUUGGAAAGGUAAUAAGAUCCUAACUCAUUCAUAUAUGCAAUGUAUUUGGCUGGAUGGCAUAGAUUAUCAUUCAUAUGUGCGAUUGUUAUUUCAGAAUUGAUUUUCUUGAAUCUGAUUGCAUGAGAUGAACUUGUAAAUUUUACAAAGUUAAUUUUCAGUUAUUAGAUCAUUGACAGAUAUGUGUUAGUGUAGUUUAGGUACUUACAUCUUUGGUU